CUCUGUAACCACAACGAGCCAACCCUCACACGCACCGUGCACGGUCAGUACGUUCGGCUCGGCUCGGCUCGGUACAUCUCGGUUCAUCUCGGUUCGGCUCGGCUCAGCUCGGAACCGUCCACAGCAACAUGCAGGAUGGCGAGCAUGGAGACAGCCGCCGAACAUGAACGCAUCCUGCGGGAGAUAGAGAGCACCGACUCCAACUGCAUCGGACCGACCCUCCGGUCGGUGUACGAUGGACAGGAACAUGGCCUCUUCGUUGAGAAGCUGGACAUGCGGAUCCGGAACCACGACAGGGAGAUCGAGAAGAUGUGCAACCAUCACUUCCAGGGGUUCGUGGACUCCAUCACAGAGCUGCUCAAAGUACGAGGGGAGGCGCAGAAGCUGAAGAGUCAGGUGACUGAGACCAACAAGCAUCUUCAGGAUGACGGCAAAGUGCUCAUCACCUCCAUGGAGGAACUGCAGCAGUGUCGAGUCCAGCAGAGGAACAUCGCCACCACCAUCGACAAACUGUCCCACUGCCUCCCAGUCCUGGAGAUGUACAGCAGACUUCAGGAGCAGAUGAGACUUAAAAGGUACUACCCGGCGCUGCGGACGUUGGAGCAGCUGGAGCAGACAUGUCUUCCCCGGGCGGGUCAGUACCGGUUCUGCUCCAUCAUGGCAGAAAACAUCCCCAAGCUGAGGACGCAGAUCCGGGACACUGCCAUGACGCAGCUGAGGGACUUCCUGGAGAGCAUCCGGAAACACUCGGACAAGAUCGGAGAGACGGCCAUCAGACAGGCCCAACUCCAACGCUCGCUGGACAGCUCCAUCUCCACACAGCCGAGGGGCCUGAUUGGCCGACGUGGAAGGAAGGAGGCGGCGGCGUUGACAGGCACGGGGACCGACAGCGGUGGACCAGGCGGCAGUCCGGCGUCAGAACAGGACUCGGGUAUUCUGGAUGUGGAGGAGGAAGGGGAGGAGGAUGAAGUCCCAGGAGCUCAGGACUUGGUGGAUUUCUCUCCAGUUUACAGCUGUCUGCAUAUCUACACUGUGCUGGGUUUGCGUGAUGUGUUUGAGAACUACUACAGAAAGCAGCGGAGGAAACAGGCUCGCCUCGUGCUGCAGCCGCACUCUAACAUGCAUGAAACCUUGGAGGGAUACAGGCGCUACUUCAACCAGAUUGUCGGGUUCUUUGUGGUGGAGGAUCACGUUCUUCACACCACCCACGGGUUGGUCAACAGGGCGUACGUCGAGGAGCUGUGGGAGCUGGCGCUGUCCAAAAUAGUCGCUGCCCUCCGGACGCACUCGUCGUACUGUGACGACCCCGACCUGGUGCUGGACCUGAAGAACCUGAUUGUCCUCUUUGCUGAUACACUGCAGGGUUACGGUUUCCCGGUGUCCCAGCUGUUCGACAUGCUGCUGGAGAUACGGGAGCAGUACGGAGAGAUCCUGCUGAAGAGGUGGAACAUCGCCUUCAGGCAGGUGCUGGAUCAAGAUAACUUCAGUCCAAUCCCAGUGUCGACAGAGGAAGAGUUCAGACACUACACCUCCCUGUUUCCCCUGCAAGACCCUGAACUGGAAAAGCUUCCCUUCCCCAAGAAGCUCCCCUUCUCCGAGUUUGUGCCAAAAGUCUACUGUCAACUCAAAGAGUUCAUCUAUGCCUGUUUGAAAUACUCUGAGGAUCUUCACCUCAGUUCCACGGAGGUAGACGAUAUGAUCCGCAAGUCGACAAAUCUGCUGCUGACCAGAACCCUCAGCCACUGUCUGCACUACGCCAUUAAGAAGAAGAAUGUCGGGCUGGCAGAGUUGGUGCAGGUGAUCAUAAACACCACCCACCUGGAGCAGUGCUGCCAAUUCCUGGAGGAGUUUAUAUCAAACAUCACCAACGUUCCUCCCGACAUGGCCAACGCCACCAAGCUCUACGGGACGUCCACCUUCAAGGACGCCCGUCACGCGGCGGAGGCGGAGAUCUACACCAACCUCAACGCCAAGAUCGACCAGUUCCUGCAGCUGGCUGAUUACGAUUGGCUGACGGCGGUGCAGGGAGGCGGGACUCUGGCCGCCAGCGACUACCUGGUCGACCUGAUCGCUUUUCUGAAGAGCACGUUCAGCGUCUUCACCAACCUGCCUGGUAAAGUGGCUCAGACGGCGUGCAUGUCGGCCUGUAAACACAUCUCCACCUCGCUGAUGCAGCUGCUGCUCGACCCCGAGAUCCGACAGAUCUCCAUGGGAGCUCUGCACCAGCUCAACGCCGACGUCAAGGAGUGCGAGAGUUUUGCCAGAGCCGGCCCGGUCGCAGGCUUCCAGGGUGACACGUUGCUUCUGGCCUUCAGUGACUUGAGACAAUUACUGGAGCUGUUCACCGAGUGGGACUGGUCCACGUAUCUCGCUGACUACGGCAAGUCCACCUGCAAAUACCUGAGAGUGAACCCACACACUGCACUGGUCCUGCUGGAGAAGAUGAAGGAGAUGAGCAGGAAGAACAACGUCUUCGCUCAGUUCAGGAAGACGGACAGAGACCGACAGAAACUCAUCGACACCGUCAUCAAGCAGCUACGCAACCUCAUCGCACAGCACCACGCCUGAUUGGACAGCAGGCCCCAACGCCUGAUUGGCUGAUCGAAUCCAUCGCUGUUCACCUUCACUUCCUGGGACUCCACUGGACUUCACACUGCACAACCUUUUUUCUGGAAUCAGAACUUUUCAGUUUGUCUGAGGACGAGGACUCUCCUGGAUCCUGGUGGUUUGUCCCGGGCGUCAACAAAUCCCACGACCAAGACCAAAACCAGGGAUGAGACGUUUACUGUCUCCGUCCUGCAGCGUUAAAUACACAACUUUUCACUUGUAUCCAUCCACAACUGAAAAUAGUCCCAAACCAAUGCACAAUGUUUCCCUGUUUUGUGUAAAGUUUUGUAAAGUGACAAGGUGCUUAACGUGUCUGACCUCCGACCUCAGGGGGCGAUGGUGGACGUGUUUGAGUGGGUCAGUUACAGUUUCCCACUCGUGGCCUAUAUCCCCCCCCCCAUCGCCUGAAGGUUGUUGGUGUUGUUGAGACAAAAACACAUAAUUUGGUUGCGGUCUGUUGACAGUAUUUAAAAACACAUCAUCUGCCUUAAACGUAGAUUUGAAAAGAUUCACGGGUGGAGUUCUUCACGUGGGGAACAAACAGUUCAGUUAUGAAUCAUAUUCACAUUAAAUUCUAGAUUAAUCUACUUAAGUUCCUUAGUUUAAAGUAUUAAUUACUAAAUCUUUCAGUUUGCCGGACGCCAUCGAGCCUCGUUGUUACCGAGACAUUUGUGAGUCCGAUAAUCGCGGAAACCUGCGUUGUGCGGCUGGGAGAGGGAAUCUUUGUGGGUUUUUGCAGAAAACUCGUACUCUUUUGGAGAUUUUAAUUUUCGAUUCAGAAACGUCAAACUACAACGUUGACAUUUACCUUCCUCGGCUGCUCACGGCCUUCCACGUCUUCCAUGAUGUGUUUUGAAUGUACACCAGGGGGUGUCGUCUCCAUCGUCCUUUCCAAGCAAUGAACUCGAGAUCAGGUCCUGAAGAGAUAAAACAAUUUCUCGUUGAACACUUGAAUGGCGGCUUGGAUCUGGCGAAGUUGAGGGGUGUGUAGUUCCGCCCCUUUCCAGUGGGGGGCGCUGCCUGAGCAUUUAUACCUUGUAUCGACAGCUCGGUCUUAAAGACGGGACGAUACCUCGAUUGGGCAACGGCUCUAAAGUGAAAACUGUUUUCUUAGUUUUUGACUAGAAAGAGAAUUUGUGUAAACUCACACACACACAGUCAUGUCUUCCAUACGCAGAGUUGUGGGUGUCGUUUGGCUACACAAACCUUUGUAUAGUUAUUUUUGGAGCUAGUGGAUCUUCGUGUUGCCUUUUUUUCUUGAACUCGGUGCAAUAGCAGAAAUGGAACCUGCAGGAUUUUGUGUGUGUUAAUCGUUGCGCUUUAAAAAAGGGAUUCGAACUUCAAACUCUCUUUUGAUCUACUGCGAUGUGUGUGCACUGUGAAAUCAACUGUACGCUGAUGUUUUCGCUGUGAACCGUUGCCUCUCGUCCAAUCGGAAGGAGGAAAGAUUUGCUUCCUGCUUUGUAAUUUCGGUGAAUUUUGACUCGAGAUAUUCGUGUUGUGUUCACGUGUCACUGUGCUGUUAUUAAGGAAAAGGGGGCGGGGACUGUUCAAUGUGCCUUUAAUGUGUUCUCUUUCAUCUUCCUUCUCUGGUGUUCGGACCCAGUGACUGAACUUCCACACUACACGGACAACAAGGGAUCUCUGGAGCUUUUAUUUUUAGGUUGCAGAAUUUUGGACAAAUAUAACCCUUUACAUUUAUUAGUAAUACUCCAGUCCUUUGCUUAAGGGCACCAUGGCAGUAACACACAACGGCCCACGCGUUGGAACUGACAACCCUCAGUUACUGAUGAUCUGUAUUUUGUAAAUCUUUAUUGAGACGGACGCACUGUAAACGAAGCUGUUGCAUUAAACCACUAACACAUUAAAUAAAGUACUAACGCAUUUGAAAAAAAAAUUGCAUCGGACAAAUAUGGAAUAAAUGUUAAACUGUUGAAUAAUU